AACUCUAUAAAUACAUCUCCCUCUGCACCUUAUCUUCUCAAACCCACAACCCAAAAACUUUCUCUCAUUUCUCCUUCACUAUAUAUACAUAUAUAAGCUCACCAGAUCGUCUCAAAUCCUUCCAUAUUUUCUGCAAAACAUUACGCGGAAUCAAGAAAUAUGUCGGAGAAAAUGGUGAAAAACCGAGAAGAAUACACUCUUGAUGGCUCCGUCGACCGCCGCGGAAGGCCUGCGAUCCGAUCAAAAUAUGGAUCGUGGAAUGCCGGCAUUUUGUUACUAGUGAAUCAAGGGCUUGCUACGCUGGCAUUUUUCGGUGUGGGAGUGAAUCUAGUAUUGUUCUUGACGAGAGUGAUGGAGCAAGACAACGCCAGCGCCGCAAACAGCGUGAGCAAAUGGACCGGCACCGUCUACCUCUUCUCCCUCCUAGGCGCCUUCCUUAGCGACUCAUAUUGGGGCCGCUACAAAACUUGUGCUGUUUUUCAGCUCAUUUUCGUCAUCGGUUUGGCGUCUCUAUCACUAUCGUCGUACUUGUUCCUACUCAGGCCGGCCGGGUGCGGGGACGAGAAGAACCCGUGCGGGCCCCACUCGACCCUCCACGUGUCUCUGUUCUACGUGUCGAUAUACUUGAUCGCCCUCGGCAACGGAGGCUACCAGCCCACGAUCGCGACCUUCGGCUCGGACCAGUUCGACGAGGACCACCCCAAGGAGAGCCGCUCCAAGGUGGCCUUCUUCAGCUACUUCUACUUGGCCCUCAAUCUUGGGAGCCUCUUCUCCAACACCUUUUUGGGCUACUACGAGGAUAAGGGCGUUUGGGCCAUCGGCUUUUGGGCUUCUACUGGAUCCGCUACGCUUGCACUCAUCCUCUUCCUUUUGGGAACUCCAAUUUAUAGGCAUUUCACCCCCAAAGGCAACCCCUUUUCCAGAUUUUGCCAGGUCUUGAUCGCCGCCGCCAGAAAAUGGACCGUCGCUGUCCCUUUCAACGAUGAUGAGCUGUACGAGGUACGAGGAAGCGAUCUCGCCGAUAAUGGAGCCAGGAAGAUCCUUCACACUGAUGGGUUUAAAUUCUUGGACAGAGCAGCUGUGGUGAGCGAGAGAGACGAAGCGAAGGAGGCGAAAUCCAAGAGCGGCCGGAAUCCAUGGCGGCUGUGCUCCGUGACGCAAGUGGAGGAAGUGAAAUGCAUACUGCGUCUCCUCCCGAUAUGGCUGUGCACGAUCCCCUACUCCGUGGUGUUCACCCAGAUGACCUCCCUCUUCGUGGAGCAGGGCGCCGCCAUGAAAACCACCGUCGCCGGCUUCCACGUGCCCCCGGCCAGCAUGUCCAGCUUCGACAUCCUCAGCGUCGCCUCCUUCAUCUUCAUCUACCGCCGCGCCAUCGACCCGGCCGUCGCCCGCCUCCGCAAGUCCGGCUCCCUCACCGAGCUCGAGCGGAUGGGGGUCGGCCUCCUCAUCGCCAUCGCCGCCAUGCUCUCCGCCGGCGGCGUGGAGCACCUCCGCCUGCGCCACGCGCGGCCGGACUGCCCCGGCUGCCCGGGGUCGAGCGGGCUCAGCAUUUUCUGGCAGGUGCCGCAGUACGUGCUGAUCGGGGCGUCCGAGGUGUUCAUGUACGUCGGGCAGCUCGAGUUCUUCAACGCGCAGGCCCCCGACGGCCUCAAGAGCUUCGGGAGCGCGCUGAGCAUGACGUCGAUCUCGCUCGGGAACUACGUCAGCAGCCUCAUCGUCACCGUCGUCAUGAAGGUGUCGACGGCGGACGACAUGCCCGGCUGGAUCCCCAGGAACCUCAACGAGGGGCGGCUGGACAUGUUCUACUACCUGCUGGCGGCGCUCACGGCGGCGGACUUCGCCGUCUACGUCGUGUGCGCGAGGUGGUACAAGUAUACGAGGUUUGAGGAGAGGAGUGGGAGAGGGAAUAUUGGUGAUGAUCAUUUGCUGGUUUAAUUUUAUUAUCAUUUGUAUGGUAUGUAUUUGUAUGUUGAGGUUUUUGGAAUAAUUUUAGUUUGAGUAUGGUGAUGGGGAGGAGGGGUAUUGCGAGGAUACUAGACUAGUGUGUUGAGUUUUGUGUCAUGCACUUCUCUAAGUUGAGCAUUUUGCUACUAAUGUAACUUUCCUCCGUGUAAAGGAUGCUAUGAUUUAAUUAAAUUCUACUCUAUAUUUAUUUA